AUGCCCGUGGAUCUCGAAUAUAUCGCCGCUGGCGGUAACAGGCAUCCGUCAGCGGCAGACUGGGCGCCUGGCUUACUGGCUUUCGGGGCUGGCAACAAUAUUGCCCUCUGGAAUCCCACCGACCGCACAAAUCGAGGGAUUUUCGCUCUGCUCAAUGGCCAUACUGACGUCGUCAAUGCUGUGAAGAUCUACGACGAACUUGAAGGACGAAGUCUCAUUACCGCCGGUGCGGACAAAACUGUUCGAGUAUGGAGAGCAUCUGCCAAUACAUUUGAGCAAGUGCAGUGUCUAGAGGAGCACAAGGGAUCCAUCAACUCCAUCUCUAUUCUGCCCCGCCAAAAUCUGUUCGUCACGGGCGGAGCCGAUGGCACAGUGAAGGUGUGGACGUUCUCCGCGUCACAGGCUCGACUCGCAGAGUCGAUUCAGGUCCAACCUCGAUUCAUCCCGUUGACUUCCGCGUUGGUGGAGCUCGGCGAUGGCAUGGUCGUUCUUGCGGUUGCAGGCACCUCGACGCUCAUCCACCUAUAUUGCCGCCAAGCUUCGACUUCAACAUUCAAGCUCCAAACGACCCUGACUGGACAUGAAGGAUGGAUUCGUUCGCUCGACUUUACGAAUGAAUCCGAGUCGAACGAUCUUAUCCUUGCAUCUGCUAGUCAAGACAAAUAUAUUCGCCUGUGGCGCUUCAGAAAAUCUUCGCUCGCACGUCCGGCUGGAUCAACUACUCCUGACACGAAAAAGUCAAUGUCCAACAAAGCGCACCAGGUCGGAAGCGACAGCAACACCUACAACGUCACUUUUGAAGCCCUUCUCAUCGGCCACGAAGAUUGGAUAUGUACAGUGCGCUGGCAGCCGCGACAGAGUGCAGGUUCUGCAGUACAGCUGCUGUCUGCCUCUGCCGACAACUCUCUCGCAACCUGGGAGGCUGACGAAGCAUCCGGCGUCUGGAUCUGUCGAACGCGGCUGGGCGAGAUCAGUUCUCAAAAAGGCUCUACGACGGCGACUGGAAGCACAGGCGGCUUCUGGAUUGGAUUGUGGGAGCCAUCGGGCAUAGAGGUGGUGAGUCUAGGUCGUACUGGCGCUUGGCGGAGAUGGCAAUACGACAGUAGCAGCGAUGGGUGGCUCCAACGAAUUGGUAUCAGUGGACAUUCUCAAGAAGUCAGGGGCGUGGCUUGGGCAACGGAUGGCUCGUACGUGCUCUCUACUGGAGCUGACCAGACAACGAGGUUGUUUGCCGAGUGGAAACGAGGUGACGUAUGCUCGUGGCACGAGUUCUCCCGACCACAGAUUCAUGGUUACGAUCUGAACUGCAUUGACUCAUUGACUCCUCGGCAAUUCCUCUCCGGGGCCGACGAAAAGCUGCUGCGAGUGUUUUCUAAACCGCGCGCCAUUGGAACUUUGCUGUCGAAUCUGAGCGGAACGACGAGCGAAGUAAAUGACCUGCUGCCCGAAGGGGCAAGCAUACCAGUCCUCGGCUUGUCGAAUAAAGCGGUUGGCGAGGACGACGAUGUCGACGGCGAGAAAACCAACGGCGAUGAUCCCACGACUCACGUUCAUGACCAUGCCCUAGAGCUUGAUCAACCACCGCUCGAGGAUCAUCUAGCUCGUCAGACAUUAUGGCCGGAGCACGAAAAGCUUUAUGGCCAUGGGUACGAAAUCUCAGCCGUUGCUGCCAGCCACGACGGGUCAAUAGUUGCGACGGCUUGCAAGGCUUCGUCCAUCGACCACGCCGUCAUCAGACUGUACGAGUGUCAGGAGUGGCGGGAGGUGAAACCGCCGUUAUCCGCACACAACCUGACAGUCACCUCUCUCGCUUUCUCUGCAGACGACCAAUACUUGCUGAGCGUGAGCAGAGACAGGCAGUGGACGCUUUUCAGGCGCGAUUCAGAAAAGUCACAAACUUUCGAGCUCAUGGCGAGCAAUCCGAAAGCUCAUUCACGAAUGAUACUCGACUGCUGCUGGGCACCGAGAGCACAAGAUGGUGACUAUAUCUUUGCAACUGCUGGUCGAGAUAAGUCCGUCAAGGUCUGGGUUGUCAAAUCAUCGACGGAUAUUGAAUGCAUCAAGACCCUCACCGCGAGCGUGCCAGUCACUGCUAUCGCGUUCGACCCGAAGCUGGCGCAAGGGGGGUACAAAUUGGCGUACGGAACUGAAGACGGAGCUCUACACAUCGUCCAGUUAUCGGAAAGUCCUAUGGAGGUGGUGGCUGAUUUGCCUGUGGACAAUCGUGUGUUGCCCUCUGGACCCAUCAACGCUAUUCAAUGGAGACCCAAGCCGGCCGCAGAGGUCGCAGGUCCAGCGCUUGCAGUAGCCAGCGAUGACACCUCCUUCCGAAUCUUGAGAAUCCAGCCGUAG